AUGGCCAUCGUCUCUGAUGUAUGCCAUGAUGCCGACAUUGUCAACGACACCAAUCAUCACAAGCACAUUGCCACCGCUGCAGCGGAAUUGCAGUGCAGCCGCCAACAUAUCGACCUCAUCUGCAGCAACGGCAACGACAGCAACAACAGCUGUGAUGGCAGCAGAAGCAGCGGCAGCAGUAGGGCUUGUCCACCUUCCUUUCCGAACACGGUGCCGCCGUUACCUCAUGUCUGCGACGGCUACAGCGACAGCGCCACGGCCGUUCAGGGGCACCCUUCUGUCGCGGACUCCCUUGAUGGCAUCCCCAUCAUCCUCAUGGUCGUCUUCUUCACCCCAUCACAGUCAUCAACAACAGCGGCAGAAGCAGCAACACGAGCAGCACCACCGGCGAGCACUGCUACACCACCAGUAUCGCUCUCGGCAUAUGCAGCGCUUGCAGACAGGCAGCUGGGGACGGACGAGAUUCACAUGCUCGGCUGUCGGCUGUGGCAUCGAGGAUUGGGCGGGCUUUUGAAUCCAAGCGCGCUUCAGGGCAGCGACGACGAUGCUCGCAACCACAGCCGAUACUUCACGUUCCAUCCUGCGCCAUACAACGGCACGGUGAACGUGGCAGACUCAUCAACGCAGUCUUCCACCGAGGACAGACAGCGGUAUCUGGGGCACCAGCUGCGCAAGCUGUGCAACAUCGAGGCAGAGCACGCCUGCGUGGCUGAUCGGGAGGCAGAUGUUGUGGAGGUGCUGCUCAUGAAGUUGUUACAAGCGGCACGCGUCAAUGACAAUGACGACGACGACGACGACAACAAUGACGACGACGACAACGGCCUUGAGUCGUCACUCCACCAGCGACGCUGCCUUUUUGUCUUGCAGCCGACAAGAGAAGAGGAUCGAAUGGCCUUCUCUGCCACAAGCGGCGAGGUGGUUGUGGUGCAUGACAGGAGCGAUGGUGUGGAGGAGGAAGAGGAGGUGGUGGUGAUUGGAGGUGCUGCGUUCGAAGAGGGUUUCAAUGGCGGUGAUGUGAUCGACGUGGACGGAGACAGUUGUGAUGACACGGGCGAGCCGCAGCAGCCACACUGGCCACAACAACAUCAUCAACAACAACAACAACAACAACAACAACAACUUCUGCAACAACAACAACAACAACUUCUGCAACAACAACAACAACAACAACAACAACUACAUCAAGCCACACUUGCAACAGCAGUUGCAGUUGCUGCCACAAGUGCACCAUACCGUCGGUCAGCAUGA